CCAUAACAUUCUACCAGUACCUAUGAACUAUAUACAUCAAUCUGUGUGAUUUUGUGUAUCCCUUUUCUGAAUUGGUUUGGAAAAUUUUGAAACGAAAAUUCCCACUAACUCACUCACGCUCGGUGUUCGCAUAAGUUCACAAAUAAAAGUGGGCCUCUGAUAACUCAACAACGCGCAAAAAAAAAAACAACUCGAUUUGUUUUGUGUUUUUACACUGAAAAUCGUGGCCACAAUUUGUGUUGCUUAAAUUCAAACAUAUCAAACGAUCGAUUCAAAUAUGCAAGAAGAAGAAAAAUGUUACUAGCAAUAUGAUACAAAUCAGUUGAAUAUUUUUCAAUUUUAUUUUGAUGAUAAAAUGUGUGUAUUUUCGUUAAUAUUUUUUUCGGUUCGUUCGACAUUUUUCAAGUGAAUGAGUGUCGCGCAAAAUAAUUUUCUACGACAUCAAAACACAUAAAAAAACGCACAAAAGAUUGCACGCAACUGUUUUCUUUUGAUAUCUACAUUAUAUCCAUAACGACAAGUGUAGCAAUUUAUUUGCAAAAUAAUACGAAUAAGAAGAAGAAGAGGACGAUGUGAAAAGACUCUCAAUUUCAAGUGUAAAUUAAAUAGGAAAUUUUUCUAAAUAGACAGCCUAUCAUCGAAAUUUGGCUUAAAGUGUAAAUGUUGCUAGCUUUUCGUCCGUAGAAUCAAAUAAAACUUAAUUUAACUUGAGAAAUAUUGAAUACAUGCUGUGCAUUGAUUUUAUAUUGAAAAGAGAAGGAAAAACAAAUUUUGUGCGAAUGUAACGAAAACAGAGAAAGAAAGAAAAAGGAGUCCCCGAACGGAAUUUAUUUGAAAAUAACAUGAAAGACGAGUAAAUAAAAUUAUCUGCAUAUAAAUUGAUUUAUCGGAGCAUAUCCAAAACGACUGAUUUUACAUACAGAAACAUACGUAAGCGUAUAUAAUAUAAACCAAACAUAUAUAGAACGACGUGUCAUAGGCAUACAUACUUGGUAUCGUGUGAAAAGGACGAGACACAAGUGCGUAUCUAAAACAGAGAAAAACAAAAGCGAACGCGAAGUAAUCGGAAAAAGAAAAAAAAUAAGAAUAAAAAGUCGACAAGUACCAAGAGAGGAAAAGUUUUUGUCUGAAGCUCGGCGAGAACUCUUCAACAAACUCGAGAAAGAAAAUAAAGAAAAAAAGAAGACAUAAUGUUAAACCAAGUGAUUUUAUCGAUUGGCCGAAAAUUGCCCGCACAUCUCUUUACGUUGUGCAUUUUUUGUAUACUAAUUCUAGUUUUUAUGAUCGGUGGUAUGAUAUCAUCGUUUGUAUUUAGUUCCCGUGAAACGGUCGCUCACAUUUCGUCCACAUCCGAACCGUUAUCAUUGGUGCUCGAUGGCGAAAUGGAUGCAUUCGUUGUAUCACAACGAUUCAAUAAAAGCGCAUACGGAAAUGCGAAUCAGAUAAAAUCACAAAACGGAAUUCAUACAUCGUUGGCAUCAUUCAAAAACGAUCCCGAUAAAUUGAACAAUGACAGAACUGGAUUUUCAAGCACAAAAAUCCUAUACAAACCAUACAUUGCAAAUAGUUUGGCCACCGGCGAUGAACAAGAUUCAGCGGAUUCAAUGACAUCAACGAAUGGUAAAACAAAAACACCAUCACCAACGAUGUAUAAAAGUGUUACACAAUCGAUAACGGAUCGUGUUAUAGCUGAUUUGAAAAAGGAGGAAUAUUUGAAUCAGCAACGCAACAAAGUCGAAUUAGGCGAGAAUGAUGAAACCAUUUAUAUCGAUGGUGAUGACAACGAGGAGCUAAAUACACCGAAUAGUAAUAUUAUGGAAAUUGAAACAAGCGUUGAAAAAUUACCAGACGAACCGUCAAUGAUUCCAGACAAACCCGAUGCAAAGAAGACACCAACAACCGAAAAAGUGCAACCAACAAUUGGCGUUCGUGAUAAAAAAUCGUCAAAAAAACCAACGAUUGUUAGUCAAAAAUUCAAAAAUUUCGGUUAUUCCGAUAUCAGCGAUACGGAUAGCAGCGAAACGUUUGAUAUUGAUGACGAUGAUUAUGAUGAUUAUUUCAAUAGUGGAAGUGGAGAUUUUAGCAGUCAAAUGGAUCAACAACAAUCGAAUCAAGACUUGGUAGCGCCAACUAUUGAAGAAAUCAAAGCCAAAAAACUCAAUAAACAAGAGAAAAUUAUGAAAAGUUUCGCAGACAAUUCGUAUGGUGUUAGUGAUAAUAGUGCGGAAGUGGCUUCCGAAUUCUUUGACAAAAACGACGAUCAAAUGCUUCCAAGGAAAAUUGCUAAAGCCCAUAAAAAACAAAAUGCAAUGCAACAAACAAAAUCGGAAAAUCAAAAACCAAAAACGAAACAACAACCAAAUAACAACAAUAAUCCUCGUCAAAAGUCAAAUAACAAACGAAAAUCAAAAGAACAACGGUACAUUGACGAAUAUUUUAGUACCAAAAAUGGAAAUAAAGCCGAUGGCACUGAAGUCGAGCUCGUUAAGAACGGAUGGAUGGAACCGCGUAUACGCAGAAUACUUGGAAACAUAAAAAAAAGUGAUGAGAGAUCACAACAAAUCUUAUUGUGCAAAGGUGAAGGCGAACUUUGUAGUAUGCUAUUCAAAACGCCGAUUAAAACCGUUGCAACACCAUAAAUGUUGAAUGCAUACAAACAAACUCACCCAAAACACCACCUGUUUGACAUCCUAAACAAAGUGUACACAUGCACUUUUUAUGAUAAUUGUCUAUAAAUACGAAUUGUCGGAUGGUGGGUGCGGAACACAAUUUUUUUGGUCGUCCGUGAAACAGAAAAUGAAGGAAAAACAUGAAAAGAUACGUAUUGCUUCUGCCAUGCAUAAAUGUAAUGAUACUUAUAUUAGGACUCGAUGUUUAAAUAUUCAUCAAAUGAUAGCGCGUGUGUGUGAUUUAAUUCUGUGUAGAUUAGAUGAAAUAGCAAAAUUGAUGUCAAGAACCGUAAAAAUGUCAUUGUAUCAAUUGAUUUGUCAUCGUCAUUUUGAUUCUAAUUGGUUCGGUUAGCAGAUGAGUUCAAAAAUCUAAAUCUUGCGUCCAUUUGAGGAUGCUUUUGGAUCGAACUCAGUGGUAUAUUUGCUUUAUGAUUUCAAUUUUUAUAGUCUGCUACACGCGUUUUAUUUUGAGAUGAUAUUGUAUUGAUGUCAUACACACUGUGCACCAUCAACAAUUUUAGAAAUGAUGAAAAAAAAAAAGAAUAAACGUUCGCACCAAAGCACAUAUUUUCUUGUGAAAUUCGUUCUAAUUGAACUGCUAUGUUGUUAAUUUGAUGUGCAUAAUUUAGAUUUUAAAACUAAUGAAAUGACACUUUCGGAUAUAAAAGUACAAGUACAAAAAUGAUCCGUUGAACAAAAACUUCGAAUUGAAAAUGCGAUUUGAAAUGAAUCGGAAUCCCAAACAUACACAGUUCACGCAUUUUUAUUUUGCACGCGGCAUGAACAACAACAGCAACAAAAUAUAACAAAAACAAUAUACGUGCUUACUAUAAAUAAGAACUUAUAGAAAAUUGUUGGAAAAACAUUUACUACUAAUGUAAUGCAGGGAAUAUCGUCAGAUGAAUCGAUUUGCACAUAUCAAUCCAUUCGACGGAUAAACCAGACACAUUUUUUAUAUAUAUAUUUCGAUUCGGUGACAUUCAUUGCGUCUUCGACGUGAAGCAACGAUUUUAGACAACUACAUAUGAGUGUCACAAUCGAUAAAUAUUACAAAAACGAAAAAUUUGCGGCUAUCUAGAUGAUUUAUAUCCGUCGCGUGAAUUUAUAUGGGCGGUUCGAUCGAUUUGACGGUAUAUCCUGCUGUAAUGUGCAUUUCAUGUAUUUUGAUAUCAUUGUAUUUGCAUAUUUAGGCAUAAUUUGAAAUUAGAUAUAUCAAACGGCAAUGUAGACUCUAUAUUUUAAGGUAGAAAAUGGACUUUUUUCCAUGGAACACACGACUCACCUGUUUUUUUUACAGAAUUCCUUUUCUUGAGUAGGUUUUUCCCUUGGAUUUGACAUUUUCGUUUUGUAAUUGAACAAUUAAAGUCAAGACAUCAUCUUUGACCGUCUGAUCAAGUGUAGUUGCGUGUAACGUGAAUUUUUAAUGAAGCAACUUAUCAACUUUACCGUGAUACUUUUUUUGAAAGUAAAAUUUUGAUUUUCUCGAAAUAUCAUUACAAUUUAGUUUUGAUUGCUGGAAAUUUUCUUUUUUUUUUCACUAAUGUGCUAUCAACAGCCAUGCGAUUAAAAUUCAAUAAUAAUCACACAUGAACAUUUUUAAUAAUCAAUAGCGAAAAAUAAUUAGAAAAGAAAAAAAAUGUUAACGUUUACUAAAAAAAAACAAAACGAACAAAAAGUAUUAAAAAGCGACUUCCAUCCAUGAUUAUAUAAAAAAAAAACAAAUAUGAUAAUAAUAUGUUACGCUAGAGGAUUAGAAAUAAUUUAUAAGUAAGAAAGAAAAAAAAUAUUUAUUCUGAAGGAUUCGCCAACACCCAUACAUACAUAAAUAUAUAUAUAUAUAACACGAAAGGCCCUAUACAUUUUGUCUUAAAAUCAAACAAAAGAAGACAUGCUACAGAACUUUCAUACGAAAUUUCCUUCUAUUAGUGAGCUUGAAAAGAAUGUACUUUUUUUCAUUCUUUUUCUGUUGUUUACUGUGCCGAACUGUUCAGAAAGACUUUCUUCAAUUGCUAUGGUGCUUAUAAGCACAUGAUCGAAAAGAACGCACGAAAAAAAAACAACCUUCUUUUGAAACUUACUAAUAUUAUUGACAAGCGGGAAAAUUUUUAAAUAACAAUUUUAUAAUUCAAAUCACAUUCAAUCGCAUUCAGUCAGGCUAUAACUUUAAUUGUUAAGCGUAUAUGGAUUCUUUUAAAUAUUAUAAUUUUUGGAUCGUUCCAUUAAAGUUGGUCUAUUGAAUAUGUGUGCCACAAAAACAACAAACAUAGUUUGAUUUUACGUCAUAAAUAUACCCGAAAAAAAGACAUCCCACACAAUUUUCCGAGGUAAACUUUGCAUGUUUCAUAAAGAAUUAAUAGUAUUCAUUGACCAUCUAUAGCAUGCUUCAAGUCUUAUUUCUUUGAAUUAUUUAUGAUACCAUUGCUUGACGCAUUUACGAUUUUUUUUUUGUCGUUUUCGCUUGUCCACUCUGUUUUCGAAGUGCGCAAGCAAUCUAAUCAUCAUGUAUUUUCUAAAGUGCCGAAACACACAAAUUGGUCUUAUGAGAGAAAUUUGAAAAAGAAAGAAUAGGUUAUCAAAAUAAAUGGAUGAUCGGCUGUAUUAACAAAUUAGCUGGAUAUUUCUAUUUAUUCUUCAAUCAACAUUUAUUCUGGGUCAAUCAAUCCUCCUGAUAAUUUAAAUAAAAAAAAAUGUGAAGCACCUAUAAAAAAAACAAAAAAUCAUAAAAAUAUAUAUUAUAAUUUAUUGAUUGUUUAGUGAUAUAUUUUAUUGGCGAUGUUUUUCGCUUCUCCCGGAGAGAUUAAAAAACAUAAUUUAGAAAGAGAAAACAAAAAAAAGCACGUGCGAUCUCGACUGAAAUAAAUGCCAAGUUUUGAUUCGAUGUAUAAAACCAAAAAAAAGAAACGAUUCCAUGCCAUAAAAUAUCAAAAUACUAUUAUACUAAAUAUAAACAAAAUUUAUUUCGAUAGAUAUACACAAAUCUUAAAUCUGGUAUGCAUAAUAUAAUUCUCCUUUCCAAUAACAGAUUGGUUUGUUUUUCUCAAGUCCAUUGGGUUGUUCAAUCCGUCACACUGGGUAUAUCUUACGACAAAAAAGAAAUUGUAUAUUUUGAACUGCAACAAAUCCAUUAUCAGUGGAAUAAAUAAAAAAAAAAACAAUGCAUUAAAUAUCUACACAUUAAUAAGGUAACAGUGCUUGCGAUUGUUUCAAUUUAAUAUAUUCGAAUAUCCAGGGUCUGAAUGAAUGCGGACAAUUUCUUUUUAAUGACACAAAGUACAUUUCUCUCUGUGUCACGAUUCGUACAAUUGAUCAACAAUAGCACAUAGUUUGUGACUUUAUAUAAGUUUUAGCAGGCAAUCAAAUUGUAACAAGCACAUUUUGUGAGACAAAUAAACAAACUCAACUCGAUUUGUAGAAUGCAAAAAACCAAUUUAACCAAAAAGAGACAACAACAACAACAACAACAAAAAAUCAUUAUCAACAAAUGAAAUUGUAGAAUUUUGAUGCAAUAAAUAGUCUAUAGAACAUAAGAUCCUGAUAUAGCCCAACAAACCAUAAAAAAAAUUGCUAAAAGCCAA